UAUAAACGUAGGCUUUUUUAAGAGUCCUGUGAGAGAGGCUGUACAAGCAACAGCACAGGACAAAAGUGAAGAGAGACGAAGCCACAAUACUGAAGAGAAAGGAGCAAGCACAGCAAUGGGAGGUUUUUUAGCAAAAGAAAGCCCAGCUUCACAAGAAGAGACCAGCAAAGGUGCUCAUCGUAUGCUGGUUGAACCAUGGAGGAAGACUGAUUGGACACCGCAGGGAAGAAAAAGAUUGAUGGAUGAGAUAGCUGCAUAUAAUCCUCCGUUGAAUUCAGUAGAAAAAAUCCGUGUUCUGUUAGUUGGGCAAGUUGGUGCUGGGAAAUCCAGCUUUUUCAACUCAGUGAAUUCUGUUUUCCGUAACCAUGUGAGGAGCCAAGCGAUGGUAGGAGUACAUGACACGAGUGUGACAUGGAAGUACAGGAUCUACCCUGUUAGACUUGGAAGCAAAAACAAGACAUUACCUAUCACUUUCUGUGACACCAUGGGGCUAGAAGAAAGAGAAUUCGCCAGCCUGAAAAUUGAUGAUGUGAUCAACAUAUUAAAAGGACAUGUUCCUGAUUGGUAUCAGUUUAAUCCACAUGCUGCUAUGCAACCAGAUACACCCGGCUACAUCGUGUCUCCCUCUCUGAAGGACAAGAUUCACUGUGUUGUGUUUGUCAUUGAUGGGUCCAAGUUAGAAAUCCUCUCUGAGAAGGUGGAACAAAAACUGAAAACCCUUCGACAGAAAGCUAAAGAGCUUGAUGUGCCACAAAUUAUAUUACUUACCAAAGUGGAUGAAAUUUGCUCUCCUCUGAAAGAAAAUAUUUCAGAUGUGUACAGAAGCAGAGCUAUUCUGGAACAGAUGCAGGUAGCCUCAGGAAAACUUGGCAUCCCUCUGAGUCUGAUAGUUCCCAUAAAAAAUUACUGUUCAGAGUUGGAACUUAAGAAUGAUAUUGAUAUCCUGAUCCUUAUCGCUGUGAGGCAAAUGAUACGAUUAGCUGACAGCUACCUUGAUAAUUUCCGUUUGGCCGAAAGUGACAUGGCAAUGAGAAAUUCCUCAAGAAGAAAAAGCCCACAUUCAGAGACCAGCAAAGGUGCUGACUGUAUGCUGGAAAAACCAUGGAGGUUGAUUGAUCAGCCAUCUGGAGGAAGAAAACAACUGAUGGAUGAGAUCGCAGAAUAUAAGCCUCCCUUAAAUUCAGUGCAAAAAAUCCGGGUUCUGUUCGUUGGGCAAAUUGGUGCUGGGAAGUCCAGCUUUUUCAACUCAGUAGAUUCUGUCUUCUGUGGCCAUGUGAUUAAUAAUGCCCCAGCAGGAGCAGAUGGCAAAAGUGUGACAAAGAAGUACAGGACCUAUGAAGUGAAAAAUAGAAGCACUGGAAAGCCAUUGCCCAUCCUCUUCUGUGACACCAUGGGGCUAGAAGAAAGAGAACUCGCCAGCCUGAGAACUGAUGAUGUGAUCAGCAUAUUAAAAGGACAUAUUCCUGAUGGGUAUCAGUUUAAUCCAAUUGCUGCUAUGCAACCAAAUACACCCGGCUACAUCAAGUCUCCCUCUCUGAAGGAGGAGAUUCACUGUGUUGUGUUUGUUGUUGAUGGGUCGAAUAUUGAAAUCCUCCCUGAGAAGAUGGAAACAAAGCUUAAAGAAAUUCGAGAAAAAGCUAAUGAAUUUGAAUUGCCACAGCUUGUAUUACUUACUAAAGUGGAUGAAAUCUCUUCUUUUCUUAAAGAAGAUGUUUCCGAUGUGUACAAAAGCCAAGCUGUUAAACAAAAGAUGGAGACAGCAUCAGGAAAACUUGGCAUCCCUUUGAGUCAGAUAGUUCCUGUAAAAGAUUACUGUUCAGAGGUGGAACUUAAGGAUGAUGUUGAUAUCCUCAUUCUUUUGGCCUUGAGGCAGAUUGUGCGCUUUGCCCAACGAUACCUUGAAAAUUUCUCUUCAAAUCAAAGUGCUGUGGUGGAGCCUUGACAUGUUUAAUAAGCUAGUUACAUUUCUGAGUUUUGUUUCAGAUUUCUUUUAGUAUAUAAGUAAUGAAAUUGAUUUUAUUUGCACUUGAUUAAUAUUUACACAUUUAAAGCUGCAAAACUACCUUAAUGUUCAAAUAUCUCACUUGUCCUGUGUUUCUAAGUACAGAUAACAUUCUCACAUGUCAUUCAGACAUUCAAUAAUUUUU